AUGGUCUGUACCUCUAAUGCUUCCCACACACCAGUAUUCCUUCUAGUGGAGCUGUGGAGAGGUGGUCUUCCCAAAAGCCUUCUUUUCCUACUGUUCUUCACCGUCUACAUGGGUGCUAUGGUGGGUAACUUAACACUAGUCCUGCUUAUCUCUCGAGACUCCCGACUCAGCACACCCAUGUACUAUCUGCUACGUGGCCUCUCUAUGGUUGACACAGGGCUGGCCACAGUUACCUUGCCCCAGCUGCUGGCCCACCUGGUUUCUGCCCAACCAGCUAUCCCUGCUGUUCGUUGCUUAAUCCAAUUUUUCUUCUUCUAUGUAUUUGGUGUUACAGACACACUGGUGGUGGCUGUCAUGGCCCUGGACCGCUAUGUGGCCAUCUGUGACCCAUUGCACUAUUCAGUUGUAAUGAAUCAACAAGUCUGUGCCCGCCUACUGGUUUCUUGUUGUGCUGUGUCUGUCAUUCACUCUCUUCUGCAUGCAGGGCUUCUAUUGCCCCUCCAGUGGGUUGUUGACAAUGAGGGUGCUGUCCACCUCCCCCACUUUUUCUGUGACCACCGGCCCCUACUGAGGACCUCCUGUUCUGACACUCAAACCAAUGAGCUAGCCAUCUUUCUGGAGGGUGGGUUGCUCAUGCUGGGACCCUGUGCUCUCAUCCUACUCUCCUAUGCCCACAUUGUAGCUACCAUCUUGCGACUACCCUCAGCUGCUGGCCAAAGGAGGGCUUUCUCCACCUGUGGUUCCCAUCUCACCAUGGUCAUUUUCCUCUAUGGCACCAUCAUUUGGGUCUACUUCCAGCCCCCUUCCCAGAACUCUCAGGAGCAGGAUAUGGCAGCUGCUGUGAUGUAUACAGCCAUUACCCCUCUUGCCAACCCAUUUGUCUAUAGCCUCCGCAAUAAAGAUGUUAAGGGUGCCCUUCACAGACUUCUUAUUCCCAGUCAAGUGACACCAUGA